AUGGGUCGUACUGUCGACCAGGAGGUACACGCGGCGUUUGUCGAGUUCCGCGCCAAGGAAGAUGACAAGUGUAUUUACUGUCAACAAAUUCGAGCAAAGAACACCUCGCGACAGAAACAACAUCUUCUUGAAUGUCCCGGUCUGCGAGGUCACCCCAACGCGCCGCAGCCUUCCCAGCCCGCCCAGGCCGCCCCUAACGGAAUCGGUGCCCCCAAUGGCUAUCCGGGAACUCCCAGUGGCCCAACUGCCACCCCAUCAGCAGCUGGCCCCGGUACCAUUCCAAAUCCCAAUGGCACUCUCAUGACCAACGGUGUCAACCCUCAUGCCACUCCUUUGCAGACUCCACUGCAGGCCCUGCAGAAUCGCGCCGCGAUGGCCACCCCGGUUCCAGCUACUGGGGCUUCCUCCGUGCCGCCAAAUGCUACACCUUCGCGCCCGACCCCCAAGCCCAAGACCAAGUCAUCGACCUCGGGCCUGCCCGCGCCUCCGCUGGACGAUGUGCACGCGGCUUUCGUGGAGUUCCGCGCAAAGGAAGAAGACAAGUGUCUCUCCGUCCAAUGCAUUUACUGCCAGCAGGUUCGCGCGAAGAACACCAGUCGCCAGCGCCAACAUCUGCUCGAAUGCCAGACCUACCUCAGUGUCAUGAAGGACUCGAUCCCGGCCAACAACCUGCUUCACACAUUCCCUGAAGGCGAUGUCGCCCGUUCACUUCAGAUCCCCGCGCCGACGCUCGAGCUGGACUUCCGCAUGAGCAUCAAAAUGAACCCGAAGGUUUCUGUUGGUCCCGGUGUCUGGGGCCAGCGAGAGUGGGUCUCGUUCAUCGGCGGUCAAUGGGCCGGUCGAUGGGGCAAGGGUGUCGUUCUGCCCGGCGGUCAAGAUACACAGAUCGUGACCAAGGAUUCUACCACCAACCUUCGUGCCAACUACAUCCUCCAGACCGUUGAUGAGCCACCAGCGUUUAUCAUUGUCCGCACAGAAGGAUGGUUGACAGGCGCCAAAGACGUUCUGGAGAAGGUCAUCGAUGCUAACAUGGCCGAUGGAGUCAACCCCAGCAGCUACAAGUACCGCGUCAAUCUGUCCAUGGAGACCGGUGACGAGCGAUACACAUUCUUGAACACUUUGAUGUGGAUCGGUAGCGGUUGCCGCCGAGGUCAAGAAGUUAUUUUCGACUCGUUCCGUGUCAACUAG